UGUAGUAGCCUAAAUGGAAAUCUUUUUCCCGCCCUCUUAUAAGUUAACUGCAACGUGCCUUACCUAGUCACUCCAGCGUGCCGCUUGUUUUCCUUUGUUUAUUUGGGCAUUACGUCAUAUUUUGGAGGGUGGUUGUAAAGCUAUUUGAAAAUAACAGUUACAAUGUCUCAACGGGGAAGCUCUCAAAAUUUCUUAUUUAGAUAUGCUCCACUGCGUCUCAGGGGUAUGAAUGAUCAGCCCACUAUCAAUUCAAGAGCAAAUAUCUCAGGAAGUCAAAUGCCUUUCCCCCAAAGACUUUCCAGACCACCAGCAAACCCUUCUAUUGAUGAAACGACGACGACUGUAUUUGAAGUCAACAACUCAGGACCAUGCGAUUUACUUAAUUCCUCUUUAGAUAAUAUAACCAACUUUUGCCAACGUCAGGAACUUCGCAACCGCGAUAUUCAAGCGCAGCUGGAGCUAGCCACAGCUGAAAUCAGAAAUCUUAAAGCCCGACUGGAUACUUCUGCCGGAGAAAUAGAGCAGCUACAACACGUUAACCAGAAACUGCGAAAUUCACACCAACAUGUAGAAAAGGAAUUGCAGAAAGUCGAUCAACUUUACGCGGAAGUAAAGAAUAUUUUUGCCGACACUGCACUGAUUAUUGAAGACACCCGAAAAGACAAAGAAACCUGGCUCUCAAAUUUUGAAAAUCUACAAAAAAUUCAUUACGAAAGGAAGGAAAUACAGCUGAGGAAUGAAUUUAAACGAAGCAUUGAUGAAAAGGAUGCCAAGAUUGAUGCCAUGCGCUGUGAGGCGGAGCAGCUUAUCAUUCAGUUUCAAGAUACAUCGGAACUUCGUGCUGAAAUUGCCAAUUCGAUCGAACAUAUUAAACAACUCAACAGCAUAAAUGACACAAAAGAAAAGGAGCUUAAUCUGAUACGUGACAAACUGGUGUCAAUGCAACAAGCAGUUUCCACAUACGAAGACAUCAAACAUUCUUUGAAUAUCCUUACCAAGGAUAGAGCGGCAUUGCAGGACCGAUAUGGCUUGCUCGAAAAGAAAUACAAUUCGACCAGCGAAGCAUUAGUUGACUGCACAAGUCACAAAGAUCGACUCGAGAAAACACUGGAUGGAUUAAACAAGCAGUUAGAAGAGGAAAGAAAAAAAACGUGCCAAAAAAUAUCAGAAACUCAAGAGUUAGUACAGCAGCUUACUACCUGUCAAGAAAUCCUGGAUGAGAAAACAACAAAAACGGAUGAUCUUGCUAAAGAACUGACAAUUUUGGUUGAGCGCCAUCGAGACCUGGAAAAAAAGGCUCGUGGAUUAGAAGAAACUGUUGUUGGCCACGAAAAUUCGCUUCGAGUUAUCGCCGAGUUAGAAAAAGAGAUAAGUGAGCUGAAGUGUCACCUGGCAACAAAGUGCACAGAAAUCCAGUGCAAGGAAAAGAAGCUUGAGGAAACAGAAUGCGUGCUCAACGAAUUGAAGCUAAAAUCUCUGAACCUCGAUAAGUUGGCAAUUUUUGAAGAUAAAAAUCACGAGCUUCAGCUUGAGCUUAACAAAAAGGAAGUCGAACUAGAAGCCGCUCUUUCUUGCCAGCAGGAGUCGCAGCGAUUAAAAACAGACUUGGAUAAAGAGAUUGCUGAGUUGAAAUGUCAGCUGACGGCAAAAUCUAUAGAGCUUCAGUACAAGGAAAAGAGAUUAGAAGAACUUGAAAAAGCCCUGGACGACGUGACCCUCAAGUCUCUUAACCCUGCGCAGGCAGAAUCUGGUCGAAUAGAAGGGGACUUAUUUAAACAAAGAGCAAAAAAUGAAAUCGAAACCUUAAAAACAGCAUUGAAUUUGAAAAGUCUAGAACUUGAGAAUGUGAACGACGAAUACGAAGAGGCCCAGAAGAUGAUGGCAUCAGCUGAAAGAAAGAUUGCUGAUCUUGAAUUAACGGUCAGCAUUCUUGAGCGGAAAUUGGAAACCGAACGGGAACAGGCUUCCUUUACACCUCAACCUGGUGGACUCCCAGAUGACACAGAACCUCGCGCGUUACGGCCAAUUCUAAAGCAACCUUCUUCUUCCGUCUACACGGACCUUGCUUCUCAAAAUAGCGGAGAAUCAACCACAGGUUCAACGGAUAACAAGGAAACUUUGAAUCUUCUACAAAAAGCAAACGCUUUUGCCAAAGCAGCAGAGCUGAAACGACGUGAUGGCGGAAGCAGCGCGUGUGUGAUUAAGAUACCUCCCUCUCCGUCUAGCUCAUGGCUAAACCCCUCAGAGAAACGACGAAAAUUAGAUAAAGGUGAUGGAAUUCGUGCUUCUUCGAUAAAAAUGGAUCUUCGAGACUCUGUUACCGAAUCGCCCGUAUUGCGCAGCCAAUCUGACCGGCCGACGUCACGGUUUCUGGCUCGCAGUCACCCUUCCUCAGGUCCUCCUCAAUCCAUGGAGCCGCCUGCAGCUGAAGAUUCAGAUGAUUAUGAUAAUGAAACAGUUCAGUGAAACACCGUGACCCUCUUACAAGGCCUAUCCAUCGCUCGGAAAUGGGUAGGAAACUUCCUCGUUUACGAUGUUUUUUUGUUUUUUGUUUUGUUUUUUUUUUUUCAUUUUCCGUUGUUUUACUUGGUUAAAAAAACCACUAGAGUUGCAAAUAUAACUGCGUUUUUAGUUUUAUCACCGUGCGUGUAAUGGUUAGGAACGACCUAUUUAACAUAGCGAUAGUUUAAAAAAAAAAAAAAAAGUCGUUGGUUUUUUUUAGUUUGUCUUCUAGUAGUGCCGGUUAAGGGAUUUUUUUUUUCAGUGGUAACAGUUUGAACCCCAAUUGCUGUAGCUUUUGAAAAACUAAUUUUGUGUUACCGAGUCUUCUGCUGUUUUCUUCAAUUUAAUAUGUUCCCGAUUAAUUAUUUAGACCAAUUUGGUGUGUGUAAAACAGAGUCAAUAUAUUUAUUUCUGUGAAGAAUAAUAACUA